AGUCUUUCUCAAUUUCUGUUUCACAACUUUCUUUUCAACUAUCGUAUUUAUCUUGCUAAAACAACUCUUUAAAACACCGAAAGUCUGAAAAAUCUGCACGCUGUUCUGGUGUCUUGUUGUGAAAUUGUUGCACAUUUGUGCCGCUAGAGGUGCAUAGCGCGGGGAAAAGAAAUGGGCCAAUGGAUGCUCCCGGCUAUCGCCUUCGGCCACCGCCGCUUUCGCCUCAUCUAUUUACCAAAAACUUUGUGCAGUGGGGUCUCGUGUUAUUCUUUUUCUUCGUGUCUUGAGUAGCUGACGCGACUGUGUGUUCUUCAAGAAAAAUUGUUCUAGAACAAUUGUGGCUGUGGGUAAAACAACAGCAGCUGAUGAAUUAUUUUAGUGACAGUACUCUGUUGCCAAUUACAGUGAAGCAAGUGUGUCGCAUUUUUCGAAACGUGCUUUUAUCGUGUGACGAACCUUUACGUUUGAGCGAGUGCUUCGUCUCUCCUUCCGUCUUUCUCCAUGUGAUUUUUUUCUUUUACUUUUGGGGAGUGCUGCUGGCCUACGUGACUUCCAACUUUUGAGGUGUGCCAUUUCUCUUUGCCGGGUUGUUAUCCCCUUUUUAUCAAAGGGCCGUCUUCUUUUCAUCAUUAAUAAAGAACUAGCACAGAAACGUAGAGCACUUGGGCGAAACUUUUGAAUGUUUUCAUCAACCCUAGAACUUUAGUUCAAAUGACCAGUGCGACAGUGUAGACAUUGUUAAAUAUUAGUCAAUUUACCGGAAACAAAAAUAUAAAAUGGAUUCAGCUUGGCAUCCGUGGAUCGGUUCAGUUGCAGGUUCCAUGCUCGUCGGUCUUAGUGGGAUUGUUCCACUACUCGUCUUUCCCGAUCCUUCAAAAUUGAAAAAUGCAGAAGAAAAUGCUACUCCUUUAGAACAAAGCCCAAAAUUCCGACUUCUGCUGAGUUUCGCGGUCGGUGGCCUCCUGGGCGACGUUUUCCUCCAUCUGUUGCCCGAAGCUUGGCACUUGAUUCGUAUCGGAAAUGAUUCAAAUCGAGGACAAGUUCAGCUGGGCAUGUGGCUGAUUGCCGGCCUGUUUGCCUUCGCCCUACUCGAACGACUUCUUAGCUCGACAGCCGAUGCUGUCGAAGAUAGUGAAUCUAACACUAACGGACUUGCGGAGGAAGACGAGGACUCUGACACACAAAACAACAAUGAUCCAGGCGAGAAAAAGCUAAAGAAAAAGAAAGAUGUGAUCAAGAAGAAUCAUUCCGCCCCAUCGUCUCAAUUAUCUCUACUUAAUCCAUUCCACGGAAUGUCUUCAAAACAAGUGACGGGCUAUCUGAAUCUGUUGGCCAACGGAAUUGAUAACUUCACCCACGGUUUAGCUGUGGCCGGUUCUUUCCUUGUCUCGACUCGAGUGGGACUUUUAACAACAGCCGCCAUCCUUCUUCAUGAAAUACCACAUGAAGUAGCCGAUUUUGCUAUUCUUCUCCGAGCAGGUUUCGGACGAUGGGAUGCGGCAAAGGCACAAAUAGGCACAGCUACUAUCGGCAUUGCUGGUGCUAUGACAGCUCUUAUUUCUAACGGCUCUGACUUGGCCGAUGGUCGUAUUACAUCGUGGAUUCUACCCUUUACAGCUGGUGGAUUCCUCCAUAUUGCUUUGGUUACCGUGGUACCAGAACUGCUUGAGGAGUCGCAUCCCAAACAAUCGUUUUUACAAUUGCUGUUUGUGUUGGCUGGAAUUGUGGCCACGGCAAGCGUUUCAUUAAUAGUCGAUUGAAACGCGUUUUCACUAACAUCCAAAGUGUCACGCCUGUGACACUUUGAUUAAUCAAUUCAAAGAGUAUUCUUUUGUAAACACGCGAGCAAACGAAAAACUAGACGUACCACUUUAUAUUUUCUAAAGAUUUUGAUCAUCAAAUUGUUAAUGAAUGCACCUAAUGUUUUCCUUAUUGUUUGUGGGGGGGUGUUAGAGAGACUGGAAUCCUAUAAUUGGUGUAAUGUGAUUUCUUUUUCUUUUUAAAUUUCGAGUCAUUCAGGGGAUUUAUCUAUGAAUUUAUAAAUGUUAUUAUUGGCGUGAAAAUAAUAAUUGAAAAAGAAA